AUGAUUUUUUGGAUAACAGUACCUUAGACCCUAGUUCAGCUAUCCAGAGAGAGGAAGAGGAGCUAAUGGCGAGUUCAUCGUCGGACGAUUUCUCGGUGGUGGUACUGGCGUCGGAUCUAGGCGUCGAUGCCCGCCCAUUCUUGAACCCAUCGAACCUACGACAACAAGAAGCAGCUGAAGACGACAACUGGCACGACUGCCCUUCUUAUCUACCCUCCUCCGAUGACCAUGAUUUCUCCGAUCUCGAAGCCCUCCAAUUCUUCCGCCUCGAACGUGGCUCUGAUAAUUCUGGCAAUCGCAUCUUCCGAAUCGUCGGAAAAUAUUUCCCCGCUGCUGUAAUCAGUGGAGAACGUCUGAAAAAAUAUGUCUCUCACAAAAUUUUGACGGAGAUGCCAGAAGGGUCAUUUUGUGUUGUAUACAUGCAUAGUACCGUGCAGAAAGAGGACAAUUCGCCUGGCCUUACCAUCUUGAGAUGGAUAUAUGAGGAGCUACCAAACGACUCCAAAGACAGGCUUCAGGCCGUGUACUUCAUUCAUCCAGGGCUUCGGUCAAGGCUUGUCUUUGCUACCCUUGGCAGAUUUCUCUUAAGUGGAGGCUUAUACUGGAAAAUCAAGUACAUUAGCCGCCUUCAAUACCUCUGGCAAGAUAUAAAGAAGGGGGUGGUCGAGAUUCCAGAGUUUGUUCAACAGCACGAUGAUAUUCUGGAACAUAGACCACUUACAGAUUACGGAAUUGAACCAGAUCCUCUCCAUAUGACACAAAUUCCUUCCAUGGCCCACACAUUUGGAAGGUAUGACUCGGGAUGGGCGUCCAGAGAAUACAUGUCCUAGCCGUGGCUAAGCAUAAAGAGUAUUAAUUGUGUUGUACCACAUGAAAAUCCUUGACAUUAUGAGCAGACACGAGCUUAAUGUAAUUUCAUCUUCUAUGUUCUGUAAUAGUAGGCAGGAUGAUCUCUUACCUUGCCAUUCUCACAAAAAUAAUGGGUCAUGUAUAUAAAUUGCUGGGAAUUUGUAGCUUAAAUCCGUACUCUUCUGCCUAUUUGGUAUUCUACCUUUCCUGCUUA